UUUUCAUGCUGGCGAGUUGUAUCAGACGAAAUUGGUCGAUAUAAAAUUCGCAAUUACGGAACAAAAAUGAAAAUUAUUUCAAAAACACAUACAUUUUUUAAUAAAUGAGUAUGGAAGAAUAAAAAUGUGAAAAGUGAAGUUCAUAGUGAUUGUACCAUAUUGCAAUAAAUCUAGUCAAAUAAUAGUGACAAUCAGAGGGAAGGCGUUUAUAUGUAUAUAUGUGUUCGCAGUCUAAAUUCAUUCAUCAAUAGAAAAAGAAAAUCGCAAAAGUGAAAUGAAAAAAAGUGAUAACUAAUUAGAAAAACAUAUGUAUAUCAAAAAUAUAAGUGUACUAUGUGUUUAAUAAUAAAUCGAAAGAAAUUAAUGAAAAUAUUUUAAAGUGUAAAAAAUCGACGUUGUGGGUGGUGGAUCCCAGGCUGGUUGUUGGAAAGGGCGACGACGUAGGAGAAGUAGUCCAUAGUGUGAGUAGCCUUUUUCGCCACUUUCCCCCGCCCACACCCCUUCGAAUUACAGCAAUCCUAUAACAAGUGGCACGUCAUCGUAUGGGGAGUAGUUCUCCUUCGAUUUAACCAAGUAUGUUAAAAAAGUGUUGGUAAAAAAUCACACAAGUAGACAGUGCGCGUGAAUUGGAAUUAGAAUAAAAAAUACAAAUAAUCAAGAGUAACAAUGGACGACGACACAAUGCUCAACAACCACGGACCUCAGCCUGGAGCUGAGACGGUUUAUGGCACCGAGGACAACAAUAUGGUCAUGUCAGAGAAGAAUGAUCAGGUUGUGAGCAUCGUACAACAAUUAGCUGGUAGUAUCUAUCAAGAAUUCGAACGCAUGAUCAAUCGUUAUGAUGAAGAUGUGGUUAAGAAUCUUAUGCCAUUGCUGGUGAAUGUUUUGGAAUGUCUGGAUGCAUCGUAUCGCAUUAACCAGGAGCAAGAUGUUGAAUUGGAGUUGCUGCGCGAGGACAAUGAACAGCUGGUCACACAGUAUGAACGCGAGAAGAGUGCACGCAAACAAUCGGAGCAGAAGUUGUUGGAAGCCGAGGAUGUUGCCGAGCAGGAAAAUAAGGACCUCGCAAGUCGUUUGGAGUCAUUGGAGAGCAUCGUGCGCAUGCUUGAAUUGAAGCAUAAGAACAGUCUGGAACAUGCGAAUCGAUUGGAAGAGCGCGAAACCGAAUUGAAGAAGGAGUAUAAUAAAUUGCAUGACCGUUACACGGAGCUUUUCAAAAAUCACGUUGACUAUAUGGAACGCACCAAAAUGCUCAUGGGCUCCACCCACUCACAAAUGAGUUCUGCUUCGGAGCGAUUGGAAGUGAAUAGAGCCAGGUUAAAUCCGAUUGCUCGGUCGUCCGGUCCAGUAUCUUAUGGCUUUGCGUCACUCGAAAACUCGGUCAUGUUAGAUACAGAGACAAUCUGUAGUGUAGGCAGCAACUCAGAUGAUUCGGGGCCACCGUCGUUACAAAACGAAUUGGAUAGUCUGCAGACAGUGGAGCGUGCAGCUGAGACAGAUACUCUGCAACAGCAGAAUCAGGCCACAUCACCACAAAGUGAUACGAGUCCCAUUGUGCCAAAUGCACCAUCCAAUGUUGGGCGUUCAACAACCAAAAAGGAGCAACGCUCAGCUAAUACCCUAUAUCAAGAGUUGUCAUUUCAAGACAAUGAAGAGAGUGAAGAGCAUGAAGUUGUUACAGGAAGCUGGGUGCAUCCUGGAGAAUAUGCUUCUUCCGCUAACGACAACUAUUUUGGCAUGGGCAAGGAGGUGGAGAAUCUCAUCAUGGAAAAUAAUGAACUUUUGGCAACGAAAAAUGCUUUGAACAUCGUUAAGGAUGAUUUGAUUGCCAAAGUGGACGAGCUUACUGGCGAGAUUGAAAUAUUGCGUGAAGAAUUAAAUGCAAUGCAGCAAUCGCGUAACAAGUUGCGUCAAAAGGUGAGCGAGCUGGAGGAGGAGCUGAAAAAGACAAAGGAACAAGUCAAGCAACAGAAUGACAGCGAACAGGACGAGAAUGAUGUGCCAUUGGCUCAGCGCAAACGUUUUACACGCGUGGAAAUGGCAAUGGUUUUAAUGGAGCGCAAUCAAUACAAAGAGCGUCUGAUGGAGUUGCAAGAAGCUGUACGUUUAACCGAGAUUUUACGCGCCUCACGCACCGUCGACAAUUUGGAUAAAAAGUCGAAGCAAAGCAUUUGGAAAUAUUUUAGCAGCUUAUUUACACCCUCCAAUCGUCCACAGGAACGCGGCGCUGACGGACAAGGAGGAGGGCCUAUGUUUCGUUACUCCAGUCCAGUACACAGCCACGGAUCCCCCAGUCGAAAUAGCGACAAUCGCCUUGCCUUAACUGGCGCUCGAGACAAUGCAAAUCCGCCACCACACCCCGCGAGUGCGGGUCUGGCAAAUGCCUUAAUCAUGGCGAAAGACUACUCUGAGGAGGGUACAUCUGAACGUGCCAGCGCCCGGCGGCGUGAACAAUAUCGACAGUUGCGUGCUCAUGUCCAGAAGGAGGAUGGCCGCUUGCAGGCUUAUGGUUGGAGUUUGCCCAUAAAUAAGACGAAUCAAGAACAACAAAAUCGCCAUUCAGGUGGUGUACCCGUGCCCGUCUAUUGUAAUCCAUUGGCGGAGGCGUCACCGCACAUGAAAGUGUUCUGUGCUGCAGGUGUGAAUUUAAACGGCGGUUUCACCAAAGAUGGUCACUCGGUUAUACCGGCAACUUCACCGUAUGCACCCCGUUCCACGGCUAAAAUCGCCGAGAUUACCAGUCCGACGGCGGAGCAUUCAGCUGAAGCGCUUGAUCGGCAGAUAAAUCGUGCGAGUUUGGCCAACUUAGAGCCGGAAACUCAGUUGUCGUCAUACGUUUGGAUCUGCACAAGUACACAUGCGGCAAGCACAGUAACAGUGGUGGAUGCCAACCAGUCGGCGACUGUGUUAGAUGCUUUUCCCAUCUGUGCGUCACACAUGCUUUGUAUUGCUUCUGUUCAAGGUGCCGUGGAAAAAGACUACGCUUUGCUAGAGAACUCUGAAGUGGUAAAGGCCGGUGAAAUGUUAGAGCGCCCGGGUGAAGGUACUGAAUCUUUCGGCAAGGUUGACUUCGUGCGCGUGCGUCCGAAGGCUGAUAAAAACAGUAAUACCAGCAAUAAUGCUAAAACGGAUGAGCAGGCUCAAGAAGUGAUAGCUAUUGAAACCGCUGCUGUGGAAGAGAAUGCAAAGGAGGCUGUUGAAAAAACAGCAGGUGGCUCGAAGAAUGUGUCUAGCGAGCCAUUGGGCAAUAUACAAGAGAUUAAGGUACGACAGGCGCUGCCAGGUGCACCGCAGCGUUUGCAGGACGACGGGAGUGUGAUCAGUACCAAGGCGAACAUCAACAACAAUAACUUUCAACCGUCUUUCUCGAAGCCCAUCAACCCUAUUCUAGGCACGAAAAAUCGUCAAGAGCCUCCAAUGAGUUCUGUGGGGCCGACUAUGUGGAUGGGCGAUCAGGAAGGUUGGCUGUACGUGCAUAGUGCUGUAGGUCGCUGGCAUGAGUGCUUACACAAGGUUCUCCUGCCCGAUGCGGUUCUAGCGAUAGUGCAAGUGGAAUCGCGCGUUGUUGUAGCCCUAGCCAAUGCUCAACUGGCAGUGUUUCGCCGUCAAACAGACGGUCAAUGGGAUCUGAAUAGUUAUCACCUGGUAACGCUGGGUGAUCGUAAUCAUUCGAUACGUUGCCUCUGUGUGGCCGGCGAACGCAUUUGGGCCGCUCACCGCAACAAGAUUUAUAUUGUUGAUCCGAUCUCACUGAGCAUAGUCCACUCGCUGGAAGCGCAUCCGCGUAAGGAGAGUCAAGUGCGACAAAUGGCUGCUACCGGAUCUGGUGUCUGGGUCUCCAUACGUUUGGACUCCACCUUGCGGCUGUACAAUUCGUACACUUUUGAGCAUAAACAAGACGUGGACAUCGAGCCAUACGUUUCAAAGAUGUUGGGCACUGGAAAAUUAGGAUUCUCUUUUGUACGCAUUACCGCAUUGAUGGUGUCAUGUAAUCGCUUGUGGAUUGGUACCAGCAACGGUGUCAUUAUUUCGGUGCCAUUGUCAGAGAGUCAAGGCAAAUCAUCUGACCCCAACACUCAAAUACCGUUAUGUUGUAUGGCAAAUGCCCAACUAUCCUUCCACGGCCAUCGUGAUGCGGUGAAGUUCUUUGUAUCCGUGCCAAUGCAGUCACAAAAUGGCGGCCAACUGCAAUUCACCAACAAACGGCCGGAUAUGCUAGUCAUGUGUGGUGGCGAAGGCUACAUCGAUUUCCGCAUCAAUGAUAAUGACAUGGAGAACAGUAUUCAACUGGAGGCAAAUCAAACGAUUGAGAAUCGCGGCGACAAGAGUUAUUUAAUUGUGUGGCAUGUUAGUCAACGCUAGUUUUUAAGGUCGUACACUCUUACGAAGAGUAGCUAAUGGGUACUUUGUUAGAUUUUUUAUUUAGAUGGUUGCAAGCAAUCGGAGGCAGGAUAAAUAGCAAUUAGUUUCUAACUAAAUGUACGCAAAUGAUAAUCCCAGUUAAAGAAUUAAAGCAUAGUAGAAAUAAUGAGGAUGAGAAUAAAAACGAUUUAUGAACGCAGUUACUUUGGAGAUUGUAUUCAAAAUGUGGUUUGUAUUUAGCUUUGCCACAAUUAGCAUUUUAGCUUCGCACUUUGUAUUAACUUAAAGGAAAUGUGCGCACUUUUCGGAGACAAUGCUUUCAGUUUGUAAAGAAUAAGGAGGAAUGUGUAAUUGUAGCUUAAGCUUUACGUGCAGUGAUAAAACUCAAACCGGUCGAGUAAACAAUAUUUUAAAAACAAAAAACAAAAAAACUAACCAAAAAGACGUUUAAACGUUUUAUUAAUUACAUAAUUAGUACGUAGGCACAUUAAAACCUCAACCAAAUAUGACAUAAAAUACCGCAGUAGAAAGAUAUAUAUUAAUCAAAUAAAAAUGAAUAGUUUAGUCCUAUCCGUAUAAAUAUAUUAUGUAUUAAUGUUUUUCUGCUAAAAACAAAAAUAAAAAAUAAAUAAAAUUUAUAGUGGCAACGUGUUCAGAACUUCUAAA